UCGAGGUCGCGCACUCUCUAGUCAUGCAGCCUGUCCUAGUCACAUUCCAUGCCAUCUUGGUGGCCUUCGCUCUGGGCGCGAUGGCCAGCAACGUGCCGCCCAAGGCGCAGCAGGUGCUGGCUUCCAUGAUGCCGAUGGCGCCGCACAAGCAUCAUGCGGGACCCAAGCCGCAGGAGGUGGCCACGAGCGCCCUUGGCGGUGGCUUGAUGCCCGACUGGGCGCGCCCGUCGUCGCUCUUGCAGACCAUCGUGGACCGCGUCCGGGGCAACAGCAAGCCCUGCGUGGGCGCUGGAGGAAUGGAGACGGGCACGUGCAUGCUGCACUUCAACUGCAUCAACGGCGGCGGCGUCGUCGUCACGUCCGGCGACUGCUUCCAGGCCACCGUCUGUUGCAAGGUUCCCGAGCAGGUGAACAGCGCUGUGUCGUGUGGCGGCUCUAUCACGAACAACAUGACGUCGUUCCGAAACCCGGACUUUCCCGCUGACUACCGCCGUGGAGGCAUGUGCAGCGCCGAGGUCACCUUCGGCCGCGAGGUGUGCCAGCUGCGGCUAGACUUCGUGCAGUUCUCUCUGGCGCCGCCCCGCGCCACCGGACCUCGGGCUGGCCUCUGCGACGACGAUGUGUUCACCGUCGCCACGGGCCUGGGAAGCACCACGUACCCAGCCCUCUGCGGACAGAACGCCGGACAGCACAUGUACGUCGACGUCUCCGAGGCAACGCGCGCUGUCCUUAGCUUCAGCCUCGGCAGUGAGGUGCCGAUGGGACGCAAGUGGCACAUCCGAGUCUCCUUUGUUCACUGCCUCUCACCAGUCAAAGCACCCGACUCGUGCCUGCAAUACUUCACGGCCCCCUCGGGAGAGUUCAGCAGCUUCAACUACCAGCCGAGUGCCCUGAAGCAGCAGCUGAUCGCUGACCACAAGUACACCGUCUGCUUCAGAAAACAGCUAGGCUUCUGCCAAAUCACCUACAGCCCGAGCGAGCCGACUUCCUUCCAAAUGGGCGCCGGCACUGAGCCUCUGACCGGAGCUAGAAGUUGUGAGGACGCAUACAUAUUUGUGCCCAGCGGCGCAAACAGGGCUUUCACAGAAGACGUGACCUCUGACCGAUUCUGCGGACAGGGAUUCCCGGGAGGAACCAUCAGCUCCGAGGUUCUGCCGUUUACGGUUUCCGUGGUGACGUCGCGUCCCCGUGGCACCACCAGCGGCGUCGGCGCCGGCUUCGCCACUCGCGCUUUCGACGGUGGCGUGAGCGUCAGCCACGACGGCCGCCAUGGAGUGCCCCCCCACCACCAGAUGAUGGUGUCCCACCCUGCGCUGACCAUGCACCAGCAGAUGCAACACCAUUUGGCAGCCCUCAAGCCCGCCGGAGCUCAAGUCGGCUUCGUCAAGGACUCCUUCUCGGUCAUCAAACACGUGCCGCACAACCUACAGAACAAGCCUCUCCAUCCACACAUGUCUCUCAUCACGGUCGUCGAACGGCCCGACCUGGCCUCCGGUUCCGGAGUGAAGGAACCGCCGCAGCCAGUAGAAGCACUCGAAGACUCGAACCUUCACGUUGGUGGCUUCCGUGUUCGUUACCUCAUGAACCACUGCAGCUGAACUGUCUCGUCGUAUCGGCCUCACUAGUGAUGGCUCAGCCAGGACCUUGUGCAAUAUCAACUUUUGGACAAGCGUGUGUAAAUACGUUCUGUAAAUAAAUUUGUACAUACUGUA